AUGGACGAAAGAGCCGCGGGCGAGGUCCUCCUGCCUGGCGACGCCGGCUACGACGAUAGCCUCGAGCGCUGGGGCAACACGUGUGCAGCAGUCGUCAGGCCCACAACCGCACCCGAGACCUCGGCUGUCGUUCGCUUCGUGACCGCCAACUCGGUCCCUUUGGCUGUACGUGGGGGCAGCCAUAAUCCCUCCAGAGAAUCGGCGGCGCAGACGAAUACCGUCGUUCUGGACCUGGCGAAUAUGCGGUCUGUUGUGGUUGACACAGCUGCGCAAACUGUAACUUAUGGCGGCGGCUGCACGUGGGCCGAUGUAAACAACGAGGCAUGGAAGCACGGUCUCGCCACCGUCGGCGGCACAGUCUCGCACACAGGCUCUCCUGCGAGGUCGUGCUCGCAAGCGGGCGUCGUCAAGGCCUCCGAGUCGGAAACCGAGGACCUGUUCUGGGCGCUCCGCGGUGCCGGGCCCAGCUUCGGCAUCGUGACGUCGUUCGCGUCGAAGGUGUUUCCACAAGGAAAGGUAUGGGGCGGCCUGCUGAUGUGGCCGUUCGACGACGUGUUCGACAAGUGGUUCAUGCCCAUGCUGCUCGCGGACCCCGCCACCGGGAUGAGGUUGAGGGGCGCGAACGUGUUUUAUAUUGGGACGGCCGAGGAGGCGGAGGAGUUCUACGCGCCGUUGUUGGCGCUCGCGCCCUCUGCCAUGGACACCACGGCCAGGAUCCCGUAUUCCGCUGCAAAUACUGCCACGGAUGCCAUAUCCACGCCGGGAAGGUGGUACAUGUCUGGCGGGGCCAAUUUCUCUUGUCCGCUUGACAGGGAGUUGACGAGGGAAGCGGCCGAGGAAUACUACGCCGGACUGGACAAGCCGGGCAAUGCGGAGAUCCGCACGAGUGCCUUUGCGCUGGAGCUUAUCCCUCAGCAGAAGGUCACGGAACUGGGUAAACUUGGCAAGAAGUCCUUUGCCGGACGCGACGGCAAGUACAACGUCGUCAUGUUGAUGUCUUGGGAUGCCGAGGAGAGAGAUGCGGAAGUCAAGAAGAUCGUCACGAAGCUCACUUCUGCCUUCAAGGCCAAGUACGGCACGAAGGAUACCGAGACCGGUGGCGCGGAUGCCUACUACAACUACUUGAGCCCCGAUAUCCCAGCCGACAGAGCUCUGAUGAAGACCUGGAGGCUUUUUGGCGCAAAUGCACCCAGGCUGAGGGCACUGAAGGUGAUAUACGACCCGACGAAUGUGUUCAGGAAGAACGUCAACUUGAUGUCUUCGGCUAAGUGA